GAAUUUUUCCACACUAUACUUCUUCAACGAAAGAGCCAGGAUGAGUGUCCUCCCCCUGGCUGGGUUGGCUGUGUUGCUGGUGCUCUCCACAGGCAGCGGUGUGAGUGAGGCGGGCUCACCGGUGACCCUGCGCAAAGUGACCCAUCCAUCAGUCAGGCAGCCGCUGGCCAGCUCUGUUCUCCUGCCCUGCUACUUCUCCCUCCCCUCCUUCUCCAUCACCAUCUCCAGCCACGAGAAGGGAUACCACCACACAUCGCCCCACAUCCGCUGGACCCGCACCUGGGCGCCGAGAGGCCAGGCUCCCCUGGAGAAGACGGUUCUGACCGUGCAGGACGGUGAGGUCAAGGUCCACCGUGCGUUUGCUGGGCGCGUCAGCCUGCCCGGUUUGGACAAAGAUGCCCGCAAUGCCUCGCUGUUUAUUUCCAAGCUCCACUACAACAACACAGGAGUUUUCCGCUGUGUCAUGGUGGACAAUGACAAGUAUCAGCAGGACACAAUCUCGCUGGAAGUCACAGGUGCACUAUUCCAUUACCAGACGCCUGGCGAGAGCUACGCCCUGUCCUUCGCAGAGGCCCGGCGCGCAUGCCAGAGGAACGGGGCAGACAUAGCCUCGGCAGCCCAGCUGAUUGCUGCCUACCACUCCGGCUACAACAGCUGUGCUGCAGGCUGGCUGUCCGAUCAGACUGUGAGGUAUGCCAUCCAGUCACCAGAGAUUGGUUGCCAUGGACACAAGGAGCUGUAUCGAGGGGUGAGGAGUUACGGCGUGAGGAACCCCACCGAGAUGUUUGAUGUGUACUGCUUCACCUCAGACAUGCAAGGCGAGGUCUUCGUCUCCUCUUCCCCAAAGAAUCUGUCGAUGCCUGAGGCUGCUGCCCACUGUGUGUCCAACGGCUCCCUCCUGGCGACGGUUGGACAGCUCCACAUGGCCUGGAGGUCCGGCCUGCAGAGCUGUGAGGCGGGGCUGCUGUCCGAUGGCACCCUCCGCUACGCUGUCUCUCAGCCACGUCCUGGCUGCGGAGAGGGUCGGGCGCCUGGGGUCUACACCAACGCCACCGCCGCUGGACAGACCAAUGCCACAGUGCCGUUCCACGUGUACUGCUUCCGUGGUAAGCAGCGCAACGUCAUCAACAGCAUCGUCAAGUCUUUGCUGAUCCCUUGGAAUCUGAGCGCUGUGGAGAGCAGCUCCCCACGGCAGCCCGCAAGCACCUCUGAGGCUGGAACAGGUACCGCGACCCCACAACAGACUCAGACACAGACACAGACUCCAACCAAGACUGGCCCUCUCGAUCCCUCAAACUACACUAGUGUCGUCGACCCGGCCAAGCAGAACAUCUCCUCGCCCACCUUCUGGUGGUCUGAGAUCCCCAGGCAGGAGAGGGGGCAGUACAUGACCCUGCAGCUGCAGCCGGGCGACACCUCACUGGACUGGAGCAGCUCGCUGGACCUGACCCCAGCCGUGGAGGGCCCGGCCUCCGACCGAGUAGGCCAGGACAGCCCUGGAGGCUCUGCGAAGGAGGAGACGGAGGACGGGGAUGAAGAUAGCAUCUUAGAGUGGAGAAUGGUCACUCAGACCCCCACUAGGGCGUCUACAGCAGAGGACAAGAAGGGAAAGGAUGCGCUGAACAAGCUUGUGAAUUCCUUCUGGAAGCCCUGGAACUACUUGGCCGGAUCAGAGGAGCGUGAGGCCCAUGAGGGUGCCCACACCACCACCACCACCACCAUCACCUCGCAGUCACAGACCCCGCGGUCAGCAAACCCUACCCAGUCACCGAAAUCAGGACUGAUGUCUUGGUGGGGACUCCCUUGGCUAGUCGGACCUACCUCCACCCCUGGACCCUCCCUUGCGCUCUCUACUGGCAGUGCAACAGGAAAACCCUCUGUAGCGGGUCAGGUUGUGAAGGUCCAGGGCUCACGACCGGAGGCUACCGCCAGCACAGGAGGCUGGUCAGUGGUGGUUCCAUCUUCCGCUGGUCAGGAGAAACAGCAAAACAGUGGGGCCAAGAUCAGCACCAUCGUCUCCCAAAGCAGGGGGACCAGUACAUCUUCACCCAGCUCACGCACAUCUACAACUAUUGCAUCCUCCACCAGCAGCACUCAGAGAGGGAAGACAGCAGAGGAGGCCAAGGGGGAGGUCCAGUACGAGCGCCGCCCGUCCAGCGCGGGUAGAUCCAGAUCAAAAAGCGGGAAAGUGGGAUCAAAAAGCGGGAAUUCCAAAGGAACAAAAGGGAAGUCUUCGGCUGAGGAUGCCACCACGCCGAUCCAGUCCACCACCUUGUUGCCAGACCUGAGGUCCACUGCCUUGGAGGCUUUCGGACCAGGUGGUAGUGGUGGUCCAUCGCUGGUAACUGAGGAUGACGCGCAGACUCUUGGGUCUGGGGUCUUGUUACCUGGCAACCCUGCGGAAGACAUGGCCCAUGGCAACGAGGAGCUAGCCAGGAGGAAUGGCUCAGCAUGCCAGACCAACCCAUGUCUACAUGGAGGAACCUGUCUGCCAGAGGGUGAGGGCUAUGGCUGCUUCUGCCCUCAGGGCUUCACUGGAGAGAGCUGUGAGAUUGAUGUGGACGACUGCCAAUCAACCCCAUGUCAGAACGGAGGCACCUGCAUUGACAAGGUGGACUCCUUCACCUGCAUGUGCUUGCCCAGCUACAGUGGAGAGACCUGUGAGAGAGACACUGAGGGAUGUGAGCACGAUUGGAAGAAGUUCCAUGGCCAUUGUUACCGUCUGUUUCCACGGCGACACACAUGGGAGGAUGCAGAGAAGGACUGUCGUGAGCACAGUGGUCACCUGGCAAGUGUGACGUCUUCCCUGGAGCACGACUUUGUCAACGGUCUGAGUCGAGAGAACACUUGGAUUGGGCUCAAUGACCGGACUGUGGAGGAGGACUUCCAGUGGACGGACAACAACGACCUGAUUUUCGAGAACUGGCAAGAGAAUCAACCAGACAACUUCUUUGCUGGUGGCGAGGACUGUGUGGUGAUGAUUGGUCGAGAGGACGGGAAAUGGAAUGAUGUUCCAUGCAACUAUAACCUGCCCUACAUCUGCAAGAAAGGCACAGUGCUUUGCGGGACUCCACCGACUGUUGAAAAUGCUCAUCUGGUGGGCCGGCGACGGUCCCACUAUGACAUCCAUGCCACGGUGCGCUACCAGUGUGUGGAGGGCUUCUUCCAGAGACACAUUCCCACCAUUCGGUGUCGCGCUAAUGGGUCCUGGGAGAGACCUAAAAUCAUCUGCACAAAGUCACGCCGGUCCCACCGCUACCGCCGCCAGCACCACAGAUCACACCACGAGCACCGCAGACACCGCCGGCACGGGGGCGGAGGCCACCGAGGUCGUGACGAGGGCCACGCUCGCUACUGAACCAAACACCGGCGCCAGCAAUGUGACACCACUUCCUGCUCACCGGGUACCUUGGUACCCGGCUUGAUGGCCGAGGGGGACAUGAUAUGGAGAAAAAGAAAGCAUAUGGCCUGAUAUGGCAGGCGGUUUCCUAUGUUUGACAACCUGUUUUGUUACUCCUAGUCUUUACCUCUCCCCCAUUCAGUCUUUGACUCAUUUUCCCUCCUUCCCUCUCUCUGUCCUGCCCCAUGGGGUGUCUUCUACUUCCCAUUCGUUUGAAUGUACCUGGAGUUUUGAGCGUAUUAACAUAACUAAUUUUUACUCAAGACGCCAAUAAGCAACUUAACACCUGUACUGCACACCUCGGGCCUAUACUGCAAAGCUGGUUCAGAAUUAAACCAGGUUAAGUUGAGUUCAGUUCUUAAGAAAAUGAGGACUCCAGGCUCUUCUACGUAUUAGAUGAUUUACCUCUUCACUUAACCUGGUUUACUCCUGAACCAGCUUUGUUGUAUAGGCCUCUCAUGUUUGUGAACGCCCAUCGUAGUUCAGUUCCUGUGGAAACCCCUCAGGCAAGAUCCUAGUGGUAACAUCAUGCCCCGUCUACUAAACGGCAUUGCCACUGGCUGCCUGCGGAUGAAGCUCUGUACUCUAUUUUAGUGGCAUCAUAACAUUUUGUUUCCAUUAUAGAUAAAUGUCCUCUGUAGUGUGAUACAAUGACAUAAUUUAACUCCUCUCUCCAAAGGGACUCAACAUCUCCAAAAGGCAUGAAAUAACUUGCCCUCUUGGUUAUUACGGCAGAUUUUGCAAGCUUGGUAAUGACACGACUGGUUCAUUUUUUUUUUUUCAAUUGGACGGCAAAAGGAUCCCUGAAGCACUGAAUUAUUGUUGGCUGUGAGUGUCUUUGUUGUAUUAGUUAAGACAGAGCCACAGUCCACAUUUAGUAUGUCAUCACUCAAAGAAAGUAAGUCAAGUUUACUUCAAGUAAGUCAACGUUUUUUUUUCUAGAGGAUACAAUGAAUUGACCAAACAUUGAGAAAUUGUGUUUUGAAACACUGUUAAAUCGGCAGUAUGCUUUGAAUUCCUGACCUGCUGACUAUGUUUUUGUAGAGGGCUCAGAAGAUGUGUGUCAUGUGUAUGAGAUAAUGAUAUAAUGGUCUCUGUUGAACUUUAUCAGCAGGUACUUGUUUGGUUUUUGGUACGGUUGUUGAGCACUCACUUUUUGACUUUAUGUGAAAAUAAUAAUUCCAUGCAGUCCCUGACAUAUGUGUG